CCGAAGAAGUCAACUAAGAUUUUAGGAACUACUGUCGAUUCUAUUGAAUCUCAAUCAGCUAGACUUAGUUUCUAAAGUUUAAGUACCUUGCAGUUGAUAAGUGUAUCGUGCUAAUGUAAAUAGACUUCUGGGAUGUUUGGUUUGAUAAGAGAAGUUAGAGGGGUGUGUGUAUGUAAAGCGAUAAGAGAGAUGAGAAACACCGAUAUUUAGUGGAGUUUGGUCAAUAUGAGCAUACUGUUAAUUGCAAUGCUACAUUAGCAUAUUGUCCGAAAUAUAUACAUGGGACAUAUUUUGGGCAAUUUACCCGUUUAUAGAAAGUGAUAACAUGUUUUCAUCUUAAGGACAAGGGGGGAAGGAGAGACUUUUUAAAUUCUUCGGCAACAGAAAGCAGGCAAGUUAUGAUCCAAUGAUUGGCGUGAGCUUUUCCUCUUCGGACUAACAAGAAACAAAUGAAGAAGUACUAUAUUGGAAUGUACUUAGUGUGUCGCGGUCUUUCAUUUCGCAACUGAACCGUGAACUUCAAUUAGUCCUGCUCUUUGCUCAAAGAAUUUCAAGAUGGCGGUCAAUUGCUCUAAACUCUGCGGAAGCUGCUUAGGAGGGGAAUGGAGAAAACACUCUCAGAAGAUUUUUCUGGCCGUCUAUUUAGUAAUCGCAAUCGUAGCGUUUGCUCUGACAAUAUGGGAGACCGUCGUCACCUCUAUGAAUUCUGAUGAUCCGGUAAACUAUCUUUGGUUUGUUGCUGGGAUAUCGGCACAACUCGCUACCGCCAUCUCAUUUUGGAAUAUCUUCAAUCACCUGGUUUAUUACUCAAAACCAAGCCAACAGAAAUAUAUAGUCAGAAUGCUAGGUAUUGUUCCCGCUCAUAGUAUCAAUUGCUGGUUUUCGAUCAAGUUCGUUAAGUCGGCCAUCUAUCUGGAUACGAUACGAAAUUUCUACCAGGCUGUUGUUAUCUACUGCUUUAUGUCUCUUCUAUUGGUUUACCUGAACGAAACAUUCGACGAUCUGGAGAAAAUCCUCAUCAGCAGACCGAAAUUUAAACCACAACCACCGUGCUGCUGUGUAAAAGCCGUCCCAAACAAAAGAUUAAUUGGAAGAUGUCGAGCCGGUGUUCUUAACUAUACUAUACUCCAUCCAAUUAUCACGAUAUUAACUAUAAUAACAACCGUUACAGGCCAUUAUACUGAAGGAAGUUUCAUUGGAUUAUGGAUCUGGUUCGCAAUAAUAGAUGGGGUCUCCCAAGUUUGGGCGAUGUACUGUUUGAUGGUAUUCUAUCGAGCCACAAAGGAGGAACUAGCUGGGUUGCAUCCAAUCAGUAAACUAAUCACAGUCCAGUUAACCAUCUUCGGUGCUUUCUUCCAAUCAUUCAUCAUCGCUCUGGUCAUUGGUCUCAGCAAUCCAAACCUUGAUCCAGAGAACUGGGGCUAUGAUGAUCAGCAGAAACUGCGCUUCUCAAGAUUCAUACAGGAUUUCAUACUUUGUAUUGAGAUGGGUUUAUCAGCAGUGGGUCAUCUCUACGCAUUUCCAUACACGGCCUACAAGGAUGCGGAUAAACCGGCAAACUUCAUGAAAUCCUGCAUCUCCUGUUGUUCAGUCACAGACAUCGCUCAGGAUAUAUCUUCACACGUCAAGAGGUUAUCAUCUAAAAAGCCUAACCUGGCCAAUCAAAUUGUAUACGAGCAGUAUGACGAAGACCAGCCCAAUGUUGAAUUGGAUGACAUGAUGACCAUCGUAAAACAAGGCGAAAGCGUAGGCGAUGCCUCAUCGGAGACGAGGACGACCACCGCUUCAUCCGACAUCGCUAUCAAAGAGGUCGUUGAUGUCGAGGUUGAUGAUAAGAAUUUGGAUGAAAUGGUUGCUGGUGAUGUCGCAAACGGAACGGGACUAAGAACUGUGCGUCAUGAUAGCGGGUCGUACUCGACCAAUGGCAACAGCGUGGCUGGUAAAGACGAGAUCGACCUCGGUGUUGGAAGCAAUGGAACGGUGAAUGAACCGGAUGACGAUGGGCAGGAGGGAGGUGACUUUGACUUGGGACUAUACACACAUACUGUCAGGAGUGAUGUAACAUUCAAUAUGGAAUUCGACGCUUGAUAAUGGACAUUGGAAAUUAUAUGUGCAGGUACUACGAUGACGUGAUGCAUGACGGUGGAGCCAAGAAGGUCUUCAAGAAGGGAAUCUACUUGCUUGAAGGACUAUAUAUUUAGUAUUUUUGUAUGCAAACAUUGGGUAAAGAGAUUUGACUGUUGAGACGAUGAUGGUGACAAAGUCGCUUUUAGAAGUUGAAUGAAGUUCAAUUAUGCGGAAAUAAAAUCAUGAAACAGAAAGCUGCAAACAAGGGUAAAAAAGUAAAAGGCAUAUCAAGGAAACAUGGCCUUUUGAUACAGCUAUAUUCUGAUUUCCAGCUAAUAUUUGGGAAGAAAUCCCCCUUCUGCGUAUACAUGUAUACCAAGGUUCAUUCGACAUAUUCCUAUUAUUAAAUCAAACUUUGAAAGACAUCUCUGUCAAAUGCCUCCAUCUCCUCUUUGUUUCUAUGUAUUAUUGUCACUAUAGCUUUGCUAUCACCUUUUCCAUUUUUCUUGUAGGUAAUUUCAUAUUUUCUAAUCAAUAUAGACGAGAAGUGAAUCUAUGGUACUACUUUAAUACCGAGAAGUUUUCGCUUUGAACUACCAACAAAAUAAUGACUGGUACUCUUCAAUAAUAAAAAAUAUCCGAAAACUAGAAACAUUGCUUACAACAGCAGAUAUCUUCGUCACCCCUAGUGAAUUACGCGAGCAAGCACAGCGAAGGUGUCAGAAUUUCUAAUUAUCGUUCAAAGAUAUAUAUUUUUGUCAUUGAAAUAAUAAAUCUUUAGAUUUCUCAACCUUCCUGCCAAAUACGACAUAAUUUGAGCUCUCAUUGAGUCAGUUGUUAAAUGUAUAGGGGCCGCGAAAUGAUUUUGAAGGGGGGUGGGGCUGACCAAUCAAAACAAAAAAAUCACAACAAGAAUGUAAUUUUUACGUGUUUUUUUUACACGUUUAUUGAAAAACAAAAGUGAAAUCAAUUCUGCGACCACUAGGGCUGCUGUAUUGAGCAGUCUGCUAAAAAUAAUAAAAUCAAUAAAUAAAAAAAUAAAAUCGGUAGAAAUAUGGCUGUUUAGGGAGUGGGGUAUAGAGCUACAGUCACGAAACUCAAAUAGAGUGGCAGUUAAUUCCAUUUCCUUUUACGAGUGAUGAUGGAUUUUCCGUGCUGGUGCAAAUGAUAUCGUGUGUAAAUGUCUUAUUUCGCGUUUCAAAUGAAUUCCAGUUCACAGCGCUCUCUUUGUCGAUCCAUUUCUUCUACAAUUAAAAAGUAUUUUCAAAGACAUUUGUA